AUGGCAAAGGCAGCGCGUACUGGAACCCAAAGGUCAGCAAGCCGAUCAGAAGCCCACCAUUUGAAUUCGGAGACGGCGGUGAGACCUCAGAAGAGAUCUAUCGCUUACCUCGAACAGCUUAUUCAAGACAGCCAGGAGCUUCAUGAGCAACGUCAACGCGCCAGCCAAGAAUCACAUCCUCUCGCCACCGAGCAUACUGUGAAUUAUUCCCCGGAAUCUACUGAAGCUACAGGAACUACUAUACAUGAUCCAGCUAUCAGUGAAAUGCCGUGGUUCCAGUCACACGACACUUGGGUGCUACCCGUCUACAUCAGCGAGGCAGCAUGCAUCUCCUUUGCCUCUCGUCUCUGUCAGUGUUUGAAAGACAAUGAGUCGCCAACAAUUCACCUUCCACAGUGGCGCUAUACUGAUGAGGCUACAUUGGCAUCUUUGCUGGAUGAAAGCGUACAAUGGCCUAGCUUGGCACAUGCUCAGUUGCUGGUAAAGACCGCGCUUGGGCAUAUUAACCCCGGAUUCCCAAUGGUCCUAAGAAAAGAGACGUUAGACGUACUUUGCAAAAUCUACCAGAAAGGAGAAUUUGAGAAACCAGCCCUCAAAUGCAAAUACUUUGCUCUUUUCGCUGUGGGCCACGUCUACUCUACGCCCCAUGACACAUUCAAUGCGUCGACAUUACCUGGUACAUCCUACUUUGCUCGAGCCAUGAGUCUUCUUCAAAUUAUCCCUGAAAGGCCAAGUAUGGUUCAUAUUGAAAGUCUACUACUUUUAGCAUAUUUCUGUCAAUUUCUGAACAGGUUCCACUCUGCUUACCUUCUCAUUGGCAAUGCGCUACGCCUCGGAUUAAGCCUCGGGUUGAAUUACAACGUCCCACAAACACAAAAUUUGCAUCCAGUGGAAAGAGAGCACCGAGUUCGUAUAUGGUGGACAAUCUAUGUACUCGAUCGCUACUGGGGAUCAAAGUCAGGGUUUCCAGUGCAGAUUCACGAUGACGACGUUCAUGUUGAUCUGCCCUCGGCUUCAGCCUCGGAGGCUUACAGCGAGCAAUUCUCAGAUGCUGCAUAUCAGACUGCUGGAAUCAAGCUGGCUGAAAUCACCGGACACACAACAAGAGAGAUCUAUAGUAGGAAAAAAUCAGCCGAGAGCUUCCUGCAGCGUGAGCAAAAGCUUCUGAUUCAGCUCAAGCAAUGGGUUCAAUCGCUUCCCGAGCAUAUCAAACUCCAUCCAGAUAAACCCAAUUCAAAACACACGGUGCUUAUUCAUCUUCAAUUCAGUUAUUGUGUCAUUCUUGCAAUCCGGCCUGUCCUGCUUAACAUUCUUAUUGGCCACACAAACAAUGAUCCUGGCGACUCAGUUGAAGAUGUGACGCCUGUACUAGGUGCUUUAAGUGAGGCAUGCAUUCAUGCUGCCCGGUACUCUCUCAGACUGUGUCAAGAAGAAUGGAUCAGCGGGUCACUUGCAGUGUAUGGCUAUGCUUUCCCGGCCUACAUAUUCUCCUCUGCAUUGACUUUGAUGAUAUCAAGCAUGCUUCCUCUGGGAGAUCCAGCCGACAUUGCGUCGGUAGAUAUCGCAACAGAGAUGCUUAAAAUUCUCAGUGUUUCCGACAACUUGGCAGCCAAGGAUCUUUAUGAGAAUCUUCAGCGGGUCCGUCAGUGUUUCGAUCAGCAUCAGGCCAAGUCAAAGACAUCUUCUUUGAGUGUGAACCCCAAUUCACUGAAGCCUUCAACUCCUGGCCUACAAGACCAGGAUGAGUCAUUCCAUCGAUCCACCCUCAGUUUCGGUCCGAAUGCUGUCCCUUCGGUAACUGAGCAUCUGGGUCCGGAGCUAACGACGGAAAUGGCCCUUCACAACCCUCUUAUGCAAGACUUUUUGACUCAGUCUGCAAUGCAAAUUGGGUUUAUGAAUCCUCCAGAGUUACUGAAUGAUUUCGAUAUGGCUUUUGGGUGGUCAUCUGACUCUUUGUAUACUGAAUAG